AUGAAGCCAGGCUGUUCGGCAGGAUCUCCAGGGAAUGAAUGGAUUUUCUUCAGCACCGAUGAGAGAAACACAUGCUACAGGAAAACAAUGUCCAACGGGGGACUACAAAGAUCUGUCAUCCUGUCAGCAUUUAUUCUUCUACGGGCUGUGACUGGAUUCUCUGGAGACGGAAGAGCUAUAUGGUCUAAAAAUCCUCAUUUUAGUCCGGUAAAUGAAAGUCAGCUGUUUCUCUAUGACACUUUUCCUAAAAACUUUUUCUGGGGUGUUGGGACUGGAGCAUUUCAAGUGGAAGGGAGUGGGAAGAAGGAUGGAAAAGGACCCUCUAUAUGGGAUCAGUUCCUCCGUACACACCUGAACAACGUCAACAGCACGAAUGGUUCCAGUGACAGCUACAUUUUUCUGGAAAAAGACCUAUCGGCCCUGGAUUUUUUGGGAGUUUCUUUUUAUCAAUUUUCAAUUUCCUGGCCCAGGCUCUUCCCCGAUGGAAUAGUAGCAGUUGCCAAUGCAAAAGGUCUCCAGUAUUAUAAUACUCUUCUGGAUGCUCUAAUACUCAGAAACAUUGAACCUAUAGUUACUUUAUACCAUUGGGAUUUGCCUUUGGCAUUACAAGAAAAAUACGGAGGGUGGAAAAAUGAAAGCAUCAUAGAUAUCUUCAAUGACUAUGCCACAUACUGUUUCCAGACGUUUGGGGACCGGGUCAAAUACUGGAUUACAAUUCAUAACCCAUAUCUAGUUGCUUGGCAUGGGUAUGGCACAGGUAUGCAUGCCCCUGGAGAGAAGGGAAAGGUAGCAGCUGUCUACGCUGUGGGACACAACCUCAUCAAGGCUCAUUCGAAAGUUUGGCAUAACUACAACAGAAACUUCCGUCCAUAUCAGAAGGGCUGGCUAUCAAUCACAUUGGGAUCCCAUUGGAUUGAACCAAACAGAUCAGAAAAUACAAUGGAUAUACUCAAGUGCCAGCAAUCCAUGGUUUCUGUGCUCGGAUGGUUUGCCAACCCUAUCCACGGGGAUGGUGACUAUCCAGAGAUAAUGAAAAAGAAGCUGCUCUCCAUUCUACCCCUUUUCUCUGAAGCAGAGAACAGUGAGGUGAAGGGCACAGCUGAUUUCUUUGCCUUUUCCUUUGGGCCCAACAAUUUCAAGCCCCUAAACACCAUGGCUAAAAUGGGGCAAAAUGUGUCACUCAAUUUAAGGGAAGCGCUGAACUGGAUUAACCUGGAAUAUGGCAACCCCCGAAUCUUAAUUGCUGAGAAUGGUUGGUUCACGGACAGUCACGUGAAGACAGAAGAUACCACGGCCAUCUACAUGAUGAAGAAUUUCCUCAACCAGGUUCUUCAAGCAAUAAGGUUUGAUGGAAUACGAGUGUUUGGUUACACUGCCUGGUCUCUCCUGGACGGCUUUGAAUGGCAGGAUGCUUACACCACACGCCGAGGAUUAUUUUACGUGGAUUUUAAUAGUAAGCAAAAAGAAAGAAAACCGAAGUCUUCGGCACAUUACUACAAACAGAUCAUACAAGAAAAUGGUUUCACUCUGAAAGAGUCCACCCCAGAUGUGCAGGGUCAGUUUCCCUGUGACUUCUCUUGGGGUAUCACUGAAUCUGUUCUAAAGCCGGAGUCAGUGGCGUCCUCCCCCCAGUUCAAUGACCCUCACCUGUACCUGUGGAAUGUGACAGGCAACAGGCUGUUGCACAGAGUGGAAGGCGUAAUGCUGAAAACUCGGCCAGCUCAAUGCACAGAUUUUGUCAGCAUCAAAAAACAACUUGAGAUGUUAGCAAGAAUGAAAGUCACCCACUACAGGUUUGCUCUGGACUGGCCCUCAAUCCUUCCCACUGGCAACCUGUCUAUGGUUAACCGGCAAGCUCUGAGGUACUACAGGUGUGUGGUUAGUGAGGGGCUGAAGCUCAACAUCUCUCCAAUGGUCACCUUGUACUAUCCGACCCAUGCCCGCCUGGGCCUCCCCAGGCCUCUCCUGCACAGCGGAGGCUGGCUGAACCCAUCCACAGCCAAGGCUUUCCAGGACUACGCAGGGCUGUGCUUCCACGAGCUGGGGGACUUGGUGAAGCUCUGGAUCACCAUUAACGAGCCUAACCGCUUGAGUGACAUCUACAAUCGCACUAGUAAGGACACUUACAGGGCAGCCCACAACCUGCUGAUUGCCCAUGCCCUGGUCUGGCACCUCUAUGACCGUCAAUACAGGCCUUCCCAGCGCGGGGCGAUUUCGCUGUCUCUGCACUCGGACUGGGCGGAACCCGCCAACCCAUUCGCCGAUUCACACCGGAAGGCGGCCGAGCGGUUCCUCCAGUUUGAAAUCGCCUGGUUUGCAGAGCCAGUCUUCAAGACCGGGGACUAUCCGUUGGCCAUGAGGGAGUACAUCGCCUCCAAGAACAGGCAAGGGCUCUCCAGCUCCACGCUGCCUCACUUCACCGACGAGGAGAGGAGGCUGGUCAAGGGCACAGCUGACUUCUAUGCCCUGAACCACUUCACCACCAGGUUUGUGAUGCACGAGCGCCAGAACGGCAGCCGUUACGACUCUGACCGGGACGUCCAGUUUCUGCAGGACAUCACCUGCCUGAGCUCCCCCACGCGUCUGGCUGUGAUGCCCUGGGGAGAGCGAAAGGUGCUAAGGUGGAUCCAGAAGAACUAUGGAGACCUGGAUGUCUACAUCACGGCCAAUGGCGUUGACGACCACUCUCUGGAAAAUGAUGAGCUCCGAAUAUACUACUUAGAGAAAUACAUUCAGGAGGCUUUGAAAGCAUACCUGAUUGAUAAAGUCAAAAUCAAAGGCUAUUAUGCAUUCAAACUGACUGAAGAAAAAUCUAAACCCAGAUUUGGAUUCUUCACACCUGAUUUCAAAGCUAAAUCCUCAAUACAGUUUUACAACAAACUGAUCAGCAGCGGUGGCUUCCCUUCUGAAAACAGCAGUCCUAGAUGCAGUCAGAUGCAAAGAAACACAGAGUGCAUUAUCUGCUUACUUCUUGUGCAGAAGAAACCACUGAUAUUCUUUGGUUGUUGCUUCUUCUCUACCCUGGCCCUACUUUUAUCCAUCACCAUUUUCCAUAAGCGAAAGAGAAGAAAAUUUUGGAAAGCAAAGAACUUACAACACAUACCAUUAAAGAAAGGCCACAAGAGAAGUUCUUAGCUAAACUGAUCUGCAUGAUAGAAAGACCGUUAAGAAAUUCACUCCAGUUCCAUACACUGGUAACUUAGAGAAGCUGUAGAACGAAGACAAUUUCAGAAACUGGUGGAAACCAAGGUGAUUACAAUCGAUGUCUCUGCUGUGUGGUUCAAAUGAAUUUUCCCUUAGGUGUUGACAUGUGAAUUCAGCUGUUGGAUCAGAAGAUGAAGGCUUCACUUAGAUAAGCUGUGAGGAUUACCUGAUGCAUUGCUUUAUGAAGUUUGAUAGGCUGUUUUUCAUCAUUCUUCUCUAGCUCUCUUCUGUAAUACCAAUAAUUACUUAUGAUAAAAGGAAUUAUUUUUAAAAAGUGCAACUUUCUCUUGUGAGACCCCAUAGCAAAGAUUUAAAACCCUUCUUUGAACUGGAUCAAACCAAACCCACUGCUGUUGAGUCAAUUUAGACUCAUAGCAAUCCUAUAGAACAGAGAACUUCCCCUAGGAUUUCCAAGGCUGUAAUUAAUCUUUACAGAAGCAGCCUGCCACAUCUUUCACAGAACGGCUGGUGCGUUUGAAACCAG